CGCGGCGGGCGGCCGGGCGGGACGAUGCCGGUGAUGAAGGGGCUGCUGGCGCCGCAGAACACCUUCCUGGACACCAUCGCCACCCGCUUCGAUGGCACACACAGCAACUUCAUCCUGGCAAACGCACAGGGCCGCUGCGGCUUCCCCAUCGUCUACUGCUCUGACGGCUUCUGCGACCUCACCGGCUUCGCCCGCACAGAGGUCAUGCAGAAGAACUGCAGCUGCCGCUUCCUCUGCGGGGCCGAGACCAGCGAGCCCAUCCUGCAGUGCGUUGAGAAGGCGCUGGACGACAGGCAGGAGUACCAGUCCGAGGUCUGCUUCUACAAGAAGGGUGGAGAUGCCUUCUGGUGCUUGCUGGACAUCAUGCCCAUCAAGAAUGAGAAGGGGGAGGUUGUUCUCUUCCUCUUCUCCUUCAAGGACCUCACAGAGAGCCGGGGCAGGAACCACCCGGGGGACAAGAAGGAGGAGAAGCAGAGGAACAAGAAGCCUGGGAAUUCCCGCCUGCGGGCCGCACGCAGGCAGGGCCGGACUGUGCUGCACCGACUCAGCAGCCAGUUUGGGACCACAAACCAGAGGGACCGCGGCGAGGUGAAAAUCAACCGUAACGUGUUUGAGGGCAAGCCAUCCAUCCCCGAGUACAAGGUGGCCUCGGUGCAGAAGUCCCGCUUCAUCCUGCUCCACUACAGCAUCUUUAAGGCACUCUGGGACUGGCUGAUCCUGAUGGCCACCUUCUAUGUAGCCGUCACUGUCCCCUACAAUGUGUGCUUCAUGGGCAUGGAGGACAGUCUCUCGGCUGCCCGCAGCACCAUCAUCAGUGACAUCGCCGUGGAGAUGCUCUUCAUCGUGGACAUCAUCCUGAACUUCCGGACAACAUACGUGAGCCAGUCAGGCCAGGUGGUGUACGACCCCCGCUCCAUCUGCAUCCAUUAUGUGGCCACCUGGUUCUUCGUGGAUCUGAUCGCUGCUCUGCCUUUCGAUCUGCUCUACAUCUUCAAUGUGACUGUGACCUCGCUGGUUCACCUGCUGAAGACGGUGCGGCUGCUGCGGCUGCUGCGGCUGCUGCAGAAGCUGGACCGGUACUCGCAGUACAGCGCCAUGGUGCUCACGCUGCUCAUGUCCAUGUUCGCGCUGCUGGCGCACUGGCUGGCCUGUAUCUGGUACGUCAUCGGCCGCAAGGAGCUGGAGAGCAACGACCCCCGCACCUGGGAAAUCGGCUGGCUGCACGAGCUGGGCAAGAGGCUGGAGGCUCCGUACUUCAACAACUCGAUGGGGGGCCCCUCCAUCCGCAGCACCUACAUCGCCUCCCUCUACUUCACCCUCAGCAGUCUGACCAGUGUGGGCUUUGGCAACGUCUGUGCCAACACCGACGCUGAGAAGAUCUUCUCCAUCUGCACGAUGCUCAUCGGGGCCCUGAUGCACGCCGUGGUCUUCGGCAACGUCACGGCCAUCAUCCAGCGCAUGUACUCCCGCCGCUCGCUCUACCACACCCGCAUGAAGGACCUCAAGGACUUCAUCCGCGUCCACCGCCUGCCCCAGCAGCUCAAGCAGAGGAUGCUGGAGUACUUCCAGACUACCUGGUCGGUGAACAACGGCAUCGAUGCUAACGAGCUGCUGCACGACUUCCCCGAUGAGCUGCGUGCGGACGUGGCCAUGCACCUCAACAAGGACAUCCUGCAGCUGCCCAUCUUCGAGACAGCCAGCCGGGGCUGCCUCCGCUCCCUCUCACUCCACAUCAAGACCUCGUUCUGCGCCCCGGGGGAGUACCUGCUGCGCCAGGGUGACGCGCUGCAGGCCAACUACUUCGUCUGCUCCGGCUCCCUCGAGGUGCUCAAGGACAACGUGGUCCAGGCCAUCCUGGGCAAAGGGGAUUUGAUCGGUGCUGACCUGUGCAGCACGGACCAGGUGAUCAAGACCAACGCGGAUGUGAAGGCGCUGACCUACUGUGACCUGCAGCACAUCGGGCUGCGGGGGCUCUGCGAGGUGCUGCAGCUCUACCCUGAGUACGCCAGCAAGUUCACAGCCGACAUCCACCAGGACCUGACCUUCAACCUGCGGGAGGGCAGCGAGAUGGAGGGGCUCUGCCGCUACUCCCGGUCCCCGCGGCUGCCGCAGCCUCGUCCGGAGAGCGGUGCUGCCCCGGAGAAGCCCCUUCCCUCUAUUCUGGAGGAUGAGGAGGAACUCGACGAGGUCUUCCAGCAGUCGCCCGCCAGCCCCCCCCGCCGCAAGCUGCUGCUGAGCAGCCCGGCGCGCCGCGGCUCCCUGAGCAGCCUCCUGGGCGAUGAGCUGUGCCAGGUCUCAGCCCUGCGACGCAACUGCCGCUCCCCGGCCCGCGGCAGCCGCGGCCGCAGCCCCUCUCCGCAGUGCCGGCGGGACGCCCGGCUCCUGGAGCGGGAUGGCCAGAGGCCGGCCAAGCUCCUCAUCCCGUCCCUGCACGCCAACGGCCCCCCGGACCUCAGCCCCAGAGUCGUGGAUGGGAUUGAAGACAACGGGGGGACAUCAGAGCCACAAACCUUCUGCUUCAACAUGGACCCGCCGCUGCUGAGCGCGACGAGGGACUCCCCCACCUCAGGGACCGACGUGGGCGGCCCAGUCCUGGCGAUGGAGGCAGAGCAGAUAAAGCAGAACAUCACCAGGCUCAACCAGGAGAUCAACCACCUCAACCAGGAGGUCUCGCACCUCAGCCGGGAGCUGCAGGGCAUGAUGGAGCUGCUCAAGGGUCACCUCGGCGCCCUGCAGCCCCCCGCCUGCCCCUGCCGCCUGCCCGCGGCCGUCCCGCCGCCUCUCCGGCCCCCGCCGCCCGCUGCCCCGGUGCCGUCCUCGCCUCCCGUGCCCCCCUCGCCCCCGGUGCCCCCCAGCUCUCGCAGCUCCCCCUCCGCCAGCCCCCGGGCCAAGCGCUGUCCGGUCCGCAGCCUCUCUGCCCACGCCGCCGCCCUGCGGCACCCCUGGGUCGGAGCCGAGGGGCCGAGCCCGCCGCGGGGGAACCCCCCCGGCCCUGACCCCCGCCGGGGCUCGGAUUCGCAGCCCCCCCCGCUGCCGCCCCGCUCCGCCCUCUCCUUCCCCGGCUGCUCGGCUGGGGCUUGGCCCCGCGCCCGCCCGGAGCCGCGGUCCGGCUCCACUAGCUCCCACUGA